UUAUCUCUCUGUUUCUGAGAACUGCCUCUCCCUCUCCUCCCCAUUCAGAGUCAGAGAGAGAGAGAGAGAGAGAGAGCACCAUAACUACAAUGGCCUUUACUUUUCCUUUCUCUUCUUUUCUUGCAAAAUGAACACACCACCUCCACCACCACCAUCAUAACCAAUGGCGAUUGAGGAGAAAUCCCUGGUCGACGCCCUCUACUGCUCCGAAGAGCAAUGGAACGACGUCGUCCAAGACCUCCCCGACGAUAACGACGUUGACACCCACACCAUCUCCCUCUCCCUCCUCGAGCAAGACCUCUUCUGGGACGACGACGAGCUCCACUCCCUCUUCUCCAAAGAGUCCCAAACCCCCAUCCACCCCUCUCUCUCCCUCCCCAGAAAAGAAUCCGUCGAUUGGAUCCUCAAAACCACCUCCCACUACUCCUUCUCCCCUCUCACCGCCAUCCUCGCCGUCAAUUUCCUCGACCGCUUCCUCUCCACCCUCCCCGACAACGACAACCAGCCAUGGAUGAUGCAACUCGCCGCCGUCACCUGCCUCUCCCUCGCCGCCAAAGUCGAAGAAACCCACGUCCCCCUUCUCCUAGACCUUCAAGUUGAGGAUACAAAAUACGUCUUCGAAUCCAAGACCAUUCAAAGAAUGGAGCUUCUGGUGCUCUCCUCUCUCCAAUGGCGGAUGAAUCCAGUCACCCCAGUCUCAUUUCUCGAUCACAUUAUCAGAAGGCUCGGAUUGAGAAGCUACAUUCACUGGGAAUUUCUCAACACCUGCGAAACCCUCCUCCUCUCAGUCGUUUCAGAUCCCAGAUACACAAUGUAUCUCCCCUCUGUGUUGGCAACUGCAGCAAUGCUCCACGUCAUCCACCGCCUCGAGCCGCGCCGAGCCGCCGAGUACGAGAGCCAGCUUCUCAGCGUGCUGACAAAGAACAAGGAGGAAGUGGAUGAGUGUUAUGAGGUUAUUAGAGAGUUGGAUUCAAUUUCAAACACUGGAUUAAAGAGGAAAAUGAGUCAAGGUCAAGAUGGUGAAAUUUUGAGUGAUUCUUCAUCCAUUUGCAAGAAAGCAAGAGUUGGGCAGCAGCAGCAGCAGACUCCCUCCCCUCUCUCUGCAAAUUGAAUUUUCUAUUUUAAAUUAUUGUUUCUUGGAUUGUGGGAGUAAAGGUUUAAAUGGGGUUUCCACCAGCAAGUCUGUCAAAUUGUGCACAAGGAGAACAAAAUAUACAGAGAGUUGGUAGUGGCAGCUGGCAUUUGAUGGUAGUGAAAAAAAGACAAAUGGCAAUGAAGAAUAUCUGCCUUCUGUUUCAUCUACUUAUGUUGGCUGUCUCUCUCUAUGGAUAUAUUUUCAUGAAUUGAGGCAUAUCUUAAUGUUAAAUAAUCUUUCUUGUAAAUAGAUCUCUUUCCUGUUUUA